AUGAAAUUCUCCUAAGUGUAGAAGCAUUUGUCUUCGAAGUCCAUGGACCGAAAGCAAGGACAUGAACGUUCAUGUGUAUCGGUGAGCGUGGAGUGAAGGGACUGAUAAGAAGGUUAUGGAUGGCGCUUUGGUCGAGCAGAAGGCUUGUGAGAUACGGAUUGGUCCACAGUGUGAUAGUUCAGACAAUGAGCAAGGAGGCUUUGGUAAGAAGAAAAGUGUGGAAGGUAGAAAAAGAAAACGAGGAUCAUGGACAGAUGUUCUUGGGGUGAAAGGUAGUUACAGUCCUCCAGAGCGAAUUCCUUGGUGUAUUGGGUUCAAAUCAACAAGAGCAUCAGAAAGUGAGAGUGAAGUGUCUGAAUCAUCCAGCACAGUUUACUUUGUGAAAGGUUACGAGUCUGCUGUGACUGCUAUUGUGACUGACUCUGAAGAUGAUCUCUUUUUUCUGAAUGGAGAUGUUGAGACUGUGGAAUAUGAGCCUCCUGAUUCUGACACAGAAGAACCUGAGGAAGAAGAGGAAGAUGACGAUGAAAGUGAUACUGAAAAUGUAACCAGUUCAGAAGAGGAUCCUGGGGCUGAAGGAGGAGAUGAGUAUGAAGGGGAUAGGGAAUCUGAUUCAGAAUUUGAUGAAGAUGACUUUUGGGCAUGCUCACAUUGUGACUUGAAAAACCAUCCAUUUUCUCCCCGAUGUGCUCGUUGCUGGAUUGAGAGACAUGCCUGGCUGCCUACAUUGAAAAGAUUGACUUCAGAACCUAAUAUAGAUUUAACAGGAUCAACAGACAAAUCAUGCUCACAUUCUCUUCAAAAAUCUUCAUCACUUGCCGUUACACCAACCAUUGACCAUCCAUCCUCAACAGUGGCAUUAUCAACAGUUGCGCCACUUCCUAAUCUUGCAUCAUAUAUUGAGGGUUCAUCUUCAUCAGUAAAGGAGAAUACUGAAAGACUGUCUCAUGCUUCAAAUCACACUACAUCAAAAGCUGAAAAUCCCAGCAAAACUUUGCUACAGAACUUCAACAAUGAAAACUCUGCAUCAGGGUUUACACCUGACUUGUGCAUAAUUUGCUUGACGCAACCUCGAAAUGCUAGUAUUGUUCAUGGAAGAACUGGUCAUCUUGUGUGUUGCAUUGGAUGUGCAGAGAGACUAAAGGAAGAAAAAAAGAAAUGUCCAGUGUGCCGCAAGAAAAUCAAACUGGUGGUUAAAAAUUUCUUCUAGAUCAUUAAUAUUCUUUCAUCAUGUUUGCCUUCCAGCUUUACUCUUUCUCUCUCUUACUCUCUUUGCCUUCUUCUUCUCACCCAAAAUAAUAUCAGCAAGUGAAAAGAUGUAUUUCUGAAACAAUUGAAAAUUUGGGUAUGUGCAAUCUUUGGAAACAGGAAUUGUAUUCAGAGGUUCUUCAAAGAGACACCCUUCUUUCCCGACAUGUCUCUUUCUUUAGCACAAUACAUUUGUCCUGUCAUAUUUUAGGACUUUUUGACAAGGUGGCAUGGUUAAUCUGUUCCAGAUAAGUAUCUCAUACUAAGGUGUGAAGACAGUCAUCUGUGGCUAAUUUUUUGCCAUGUCUGACUUGCGGGGUGAUAAUUUUUUCUUCAAGGUGAAGGUAGCAGUUUUUUUGUUUGUCUAUUUUAGAAUUAAGUAUAAGUUGAAACAUUUUUCCUACAAUUUAGUUCAAUUCUCAAUACUUUAAUAUCAAUAACACAGUCCAGCCAUGCAUAUUUGAAAUUAUGUUAAAUGUUUUAUAAAAUUAUGUUUUUAACAUUGAUGUAGUUUCCAUGAGUGGAACACUGUCCAUAAUGUUACUGUGUUUUCAGGAUUUUGUUAAAUUGUGAAGUACAAGCUUACAUUAAGCAGAAAUUCAUGAACUUCCCUGAAAACAUUCCAGUGAAGAAUCCCCCAAUUUUAAAUACUUUUUUAUGUUUCUUAUAAUAGUAUCUAAUUAGAUGUUUAAAAAGUUAUAAUUUAUUUCACUUGAUGUAAGAGAUAAAAUGCCUACUUAGGGGUUUUCCAUCGUGUUUACACGUAACCAGUAGUGGUAGCAUUUUUACAUCCAAAAAGUUUUAUUUACAUACUUUGGUUGAUACAAUAAUAAUUAAGCUAAAUGAAACUAGCUUUUAUAGCAUUGCUACCUGCUGAAUUUUAAUCAAGAUUAUUUUCCAAGUAAUAGCGAUCUGAGAAAAGUAUUUUUACCAAAUUAAUGACUUUUUUUACUUAGCAUCAUGUGGAAACUGUUUACUCCACAGUGUCAAGAAAGAACCUCUUCAUAAAGCCACCGUGUUUUGAUUUAACUGUUUCCACAUUUGCCACAGUUUAAAGUUGUCAAUAUUAGUAGAAGAUGACAAAUGAAACGAGUUUGAAAACUUAAGUUUAAUAUUGUCAUACAAAGAAUGAAAUAUGAAUGAUAGAGAACAUAGCUUGGGGAUUCAUUUCUUUGCUUUUUUUUCCUUAUGUGUUAUUUACUACGUAAAGUUUAUCAAAAAUUGUGAAUUGCUAGACAAUUCCUAUGUCUGUACUUAUUGCACUUCUUGCACCGUUGCAUGAUGGGUUUUGGUCGAGUGUUUGUAACAGUUUUAACAACAACAACAUCGUUGUAACCACUGAUUGUUUCGGUUUUUUAUCAUAUUAGGAGAAGAUGUUUAGUCUGAGGACUUUUUAGUGGGUAAUUUUCUGGUUUCUUUUCAUAGUCAGCAUGUUAACUUAAAAAGAUCUCAUAUAAUAAGAAUGCCUUUGUAAGGUUAUCUCGUAACUGUAUUGUGACAAACUCAUACUCCCAGUCCUCUGGGUAUUUUUGGUUUUACUAAAAAAACUAGAGGACUGCCACAUUAUCGUAUCGCUUUUUGUUCUAUUAAUCACGUUUUUUUUUCAAAAGAUGACAUUAUUCAAUUAUAAACUUAAAUUGGUCUAAGAUAAAUUGAUUCAGCUAAUGACCUUUUAGUGGAUAGGAAAAAUUUACUUAUUUCUUAUAAAGUCAGCAUCAAAGGAGAUUUCAUACGUAGAAGUUCCGUCUAUUUCUUUACUGGAUGUGUAGAAGUUUUGAAGGGUAAUAAUUUUUUUUAUAGAGGUGGAAAGCAUCUUAGUACUGUAUGUGAUACAAACUUAAUUUUUAAAGUGUGUCAACAUAUUUUAUUGAAGUUAGAUUACUGAACAAUAUAACAAAUAUAUUUUUAAGGC